AUGGCAGACGAGAAGAACGACAUGGUUCACAUCGAGGACCGAUCCGGCUCCCUUGUCGGAGAUGAGAAAGCUGAUCAUGGGCUGGCUGCUGCUGCGAACGACGAGGAACACAAGUUGACUCUGAUGCAAGCCCUGAAGAAGUAUCCUCAGGCUUGCUUCUGGUCAAUCGCCAUCUCCAGUUCCAUCAUCAUGGAAGGAUACGACAUCGUUUUGAUCUACUCCUUCUUCGGACAACCCGCGUUCGUCAAGAAAUACGGCGAGUUCGAUGCUGCGACUGGAAAAUACUCUCUCUCGGCUGCCUGGCAAGCAGGCCUCGGAAAUGGCACGCAGAUUGGCACGGUCAUUGGCGCGUUCCUCAACGGUUAUCUCACCCACAAGUUUGGCUACCGCAAGGUCAUGAUGGCAUCGCUGCUCUCCCUUCUCGCACUCAUCUUCAUCCCAUUCUUCGCCCCUUCCGUCGAGGUCCUCUUGAUCGGUCAAAUUCUCUGCGGGAUCCCAUGGGGCGUGUUUGCCACGAUGGCACCAGCUUAUGCAUCUGAGGUCUGUCCAACAGCACUUCGUGGUUACUUGACGGUCUAUGUCAACCUUACUUGGGCCUUUGGUCAGCUAGUCGGCGCCGGCGUACAAUCCGGAGUCUCUGGCAUCACAACACAGUGGGCGUAUAGAAUCCCUUUCGCCAUCCAAUGGGUCUGGCCACUCCCUAUCGCUCUGCUCGCUUUCCUCGCUCCCGAAUCUCCUUGGCAUCUGAUCCGCACUGGCGACAACGAGGGUGCUUUACGCUCGAUCCAGCGUUUGUCUUCUGGCAAGACCGAUAGUGAGAACAGAGCUCAGCUCGCAAUGAUGCAACAUACCAACCAGUUGGAGAUGGAUAUCAGUGCGGGUACAUCAUACUGGGACUGCUUCAAGGGCAUCGAUCGUCGCCGUACCGAGAUUGUAUGCAUGGUCUUCGCCGCUCAACCAUUCUGCGGCAGUGCCAUGGGUGGCACGCCUACCUACUUCUUCAUCCAAGCCGGUCUCCCCACCUCCAUCUCGUUCAAGAUGACAGUUGGUGGACUCGCCAUGGCUUCUGUCGGCACAAUGAUCUCUUGGUUCCUGCUCUCCGCCUUCGGCCGCCGCACUCUCUAUCUCUGGGGUUUGGGCCUCCUCACCGUCGUGCUCACCACAACCGGUGCCAUCAGUGCCGCAGACGCCGCCAGUGUUGCUGGAAACUACGCACAAGCCGUCAUGAUGCUCAUGUGGCUCUUCAUCUACUACCUCACCGUCGGACCCAUCUGCUACGCCAUCGUCGGCGAAACCUCCGCCACACGUCUCCGCAACAAGAGUGUCUGUCUCGCUCGCAUCGCCUACUACAUUGCCAAUAUCGUUUGCGGCGCCGUCAACCCCUACUUGCUCAACCCUACCGCGUUGAACCUCAAAGGCAAGACUGGAUUCUUCUGGGCAGGCACUUCACUCAUCUUCUUCAUUUGGACAUUCUUUAGACUGCCCGAGUGUAAGGACAGAACGUAUGAGGAGUUGGAUGUGUUGUUUGCGAAUAAAGUCAAGACGCGCGAGUUUAGGAAGUUUGACGUCAAUGUUUAUGCUGAGGAUGGAGAGACGCUUGUUAAGCAAGAGUAA